AUGGCAGAUUUCUCUCAGUAUGGUAUUCCGAGCAAGGAGUGGACAGUGAUCCAGUCGACACUACCACCCUCUUCAGACCAUAUCUCACUUGCGGACCUAAAGGAGGGCACCAAUCGUGGCAGAGAGGAUGUAGCACGACGAGAGAUGGUCCAGCUUGCUUCGAAAGUGAUAUUGAAUGAUUAUUUGAUCCCAGCACGUGACGGCUUUAAAUUGGAGGCCCGUUCUUACCGAGCGGUUUCUGUGUCUCCUGAUGAAGCACUUCCGAUAUAUGUACAUUUCCAUGGGGGCGGCUUCUGCUUUGGCACAUUAAGCUCAGAUGACGCUAUCUGCUCUCGUCUUGCGAUAAAUACGAAUGUUGUCGUGCUCAACAUCAACUAUCGCCAUACACCGGAGUUUGGCUACCCCACAGCGUGGAACGAUUCUGAGGAUGCUCUAGACUGGGCUCACGGUAAUGCAGACGAGAUUGGCGGCGAUUGCGAGAGGAUAAUAAUUGGCGGUAUAUCAGCAGGUAGUUGGCUAACGGCUUCUCUGUCAUUGGCAAAUCUGAGGAGAGAAAAUAACAUGAAGGUUAAAGUCGUUGGUCAAGUACUUAUGAUACCAGCCCUUGUCUUCCAUGAAUGUUACGCACCACAACUUCGAUUGCUCAAAGAUCCAAGCUGCUCGUCAUACGUACAAAAUCGAUCCGCGCCAAUUCUACCAUUGCAAAGGAUCAAACAGUUCAAUCACCUUCUGAAAGUCGAGCAGGCAGAUCCUAGAGAUCUUAGACUCAACCCUGGCUAUGCCACAUCAGCAGAAGUGAGACAGCUACCUCCAACAAUAUUUGGCAUAGCUGGUUUAGAUCCUCUCAGAGAUGAGGCCUUGUUCUAUGCGAAGCUUUUGGCUGAUAACGACGUGCCUAUUCAGAUCAGUAUGUUCAAAGGUGUACCACAUGGCUUUCGUCGCUUCUCAGACAGACUACCAGUAACGAAGGAUUGGGAUCGAGUAAUGGAAGAGGGGAUCUUGUGGGCGCUGAGCAGUCCCACCGCUUCUAAGGGGUUCGAAAUCAAGACUUACUGA